CAAUCAUCACCUCGACCAUCACUUCACGGAAUAUUUCUCAGCCUUCACGGCCUUCACAGCCGCCAUACAUCUCCCGGCAUCGCCAAUCCGUGAAAGGUCACUUAUCUUGAAACAAUCUUGCCGAUGGCUCCGAUUCAUCUCCCAGAAUUGGCAAAAGCCAACUCUACAUUGGCAGUACCCAUCGCGGCCAUCUCCUUGGAGGCUACAUCGCCAGCCUGGCAUGUGCCCUUCACUAAGCGGGCACCUCCCGGCUGCUCUGGUUGGAAAUGCUUAAAUGGGGCCCAGCAGUUUGGCAUCGUCCUCAGCGUUGUGGUUACAGUGUUGACGAUAUCCUUCCUUUAUUGGUACCUCUACGUUAAACAAAGCAAUCGAGGCCAAACAACUGCGGAGGCAUGGCGAGGCACAUCUGGUAUCUUUGGAUCCACCUUGGUCGAAUCCAGAAUAACGAUACCCUUGCGAUCUAGCAUGGCAGAGGUGUCUAGAGAAGUGGCCUGGCAAGAGGGACGAGCAGAGCCAGAAGUAGAGCCGUCCCGGCAAUUCGGUCAGUCACGCAGCAGAAGCAGAAGCCGUGCCAGGAGAAAUUCCCAGAGAGUCGCUCAUAUCCGGAUUAUUUACGAAGAGCCCGACUCUCCAGCACCAUCACCAAUCACGAGGCCGCAGCAGGUACUUCUUCCACCACCACCUCCACAUUCCAUCCCACACCUACCUUCUGGGGGUGGCAUGCCUCCAGGAUUGGGCAUGCCUCCAGGAGCUGGCAUGCACCCGGGAGCAGGCAUCCAUCCUGGGGUGACAAUGUACCCUGGAGUGGGCAUGUACCCUGGCAUGGCCAUUCCGCCCCAGAUAUUCAUGCCUCCUGCGCCAGGCAUGGCUCAGCCAACCGCUGCGUCUUUCCAGCAUGGACCGCAUCCAAUGGGUUUCGCAAUGCCUCCACAGCAGCCACCAAUGCCGCCCAACGUUCCCCUAGGCCCUCAACCCUCACAGCCUUCCUUUCCUUCUUCAAAUUCUCAUCCCAAUGUCGCCACUCCCAGCCAGGUACCGCCUAUGGCCAAUAAUAAGGAUCGAGGGCAGCGGAGGGCCUCGCAUCAAGGCCAUCACCAGCAUCCUCCAGGGCGACGAGCAUCCUGGAUUAGGAGGGUCUUCAGCGUGCCGUCACCAGGCUAUUGUUCGACUGUUUCUGAUUCCGACUCGCCGCCCCCGGAGGUUCCUUCGCCGAGGCGUCCUCGCCCCCGUCGUCGGCGUGUCAGGCGACAGCGUCCGGAUAACAACGAUGCGAGCGAGACUGGAUGGGCGGAGGAGCGCACGAGAAGGCAGCAGGACGAGGCAAACGAAGAGGCGGAGCGGACGGGGGCCCUGCUGGUUGCGAGGAACCGGGCCGUCUCCCUGCAAGAGCGUUCUAGACGGUCACGGCAACGCAACGUCCAGCGUAGUGCCAGUGGAAAUGCCUGUUCGCGUUCUAGAAGGAACCGUCAGUCCAGGAUCUAUUCAGAUUAUGAGACCGACAAUUCGGAUGCCGAGCCACGUCAAUCGCUCGAAACAGCACGCAGAGCUUGCCGCCGACGGGCGCCACGGCCGACCUCGCAAAUAGAUACAUCUGGGACCGAAGAUUCUGGGCCGCCAGAUAAUCGAUCCCUCCUCCAAGUCUUGCCGAGCCUGGGGUUUUCUCCACCGCGACACCCAAAUCGGCAGCAGCUUUUGUCUGAUCUGGGAUCGCCAGUGCCAUCCGACAUCACGUACGGCUGGUCCAGAGAGCCUAGCAUGGGCAGUGGUACAAUUCGAAGCACCGCCACCACGGAUAGUGAGCCAUGCGAAACACAUCACCCGGGCGACUGUAGGUGUGGAACGCGCAGAGCCCCAAGGGUUCAUCGCAAUUGAGGCCCAGAGGACCCUGGAGCUAUCCAUGCCCGGAGGCGAGCCCCUAGUUCUUGCUCGGGAUGACAUGAACUUGGCGGUCUAACUUUUCAGUCAACUUGCUUUUUGCUCUCAUUCCUUGUUCUUCUUUCCCCCCAUCAAAGCAGCGACGAAACGCACAGGGCUGGGCGCCGGCGGCGGCACAUCAGGGACCAUGCCGAGAAAGACGAGCAGAGUCUGCGCCUAGAGCCACUCAUUGCUCUACUGGGGGUCCUCGCAGCAGCUUUCUUUCUCUUUUUGCGAUAUUGUUGCACCGAGUGACAGGCGACUCGGUGGUAACCCAAAAUGAAUAAUCAAGGCUCAUGUAGCCAAAGAUGAGAAGAAGCCAAUAGGGCUAAGAUGGGGCACACGACGGAGGCCAGUGUAUAGGCCACCAUGAAGGCCACUGCAGGCCGCUUUGCUGGACACUUUAGAGGCCAUGAGAAAGA